AUGGAUUACUAUAGAAAACACGCAGCUGUGGUCCUGGCCGCCCUGUCUGUGCUCCUGCACCUUCUCCAUUCCUUUCCCGAUGGCGAGUUCACAAUGCAGGUUUGCCCAGAGUGCAAGCUAAAGGAAAACAAAUACUUCUCCAAGCUGGGUGCCCCAAUUUACCAAUGCAUGGGCUGCUGCUUCUCCAGAGCAUAUCCCACUCCAGCAAGGUCCAAGAAAACGAUGUUGGUCCCAAAGAACAUCACCUCAGAAGCUACGUGCUGUGUGGCCAAAGCAUUUACCAAGGCCACAGUAAUGGGAAAUGUCAAAGUGGAGAACCACACAGAGUGCCACUGCAGUACUUGCUAUUAUCACAAAUCUUAAAUAUUUUGCAAAGUGCUGUGUUGAUGAUGACUGCUGAUUUCCUGGAAUGGAAAAUUAAUUUGUUCAGUGUUUCUGGCCUUUCGAGAUAAAACCUCCUUUACCUUACCACACCCUUUUUGGCAUGCUUCAAGGGUAUACUGUAACUUUAUUGCUUUUCUCUACUCUACAGGAUAAUCAGCAGUUGGUUCUUUUAAUUUGGAAUGAAAUACAGCGUUUAGCAUGACUGUAAAAAGCUGGUUCUGCUGGAAAUAAAGUCUUUUAAAUCAUCGUU